AUGGACAGCCCAGUGCACCGAGUGUCCCUGGGGGAUACCUGGAGCAGGCGAGUGCACCCUGACAUAGCGAGUGAGAGGUUCAUACAGUCCUUCAGCGUGGAACAACUCACCAACAUCCUGGAUGGAGGUGCCCAGAACACUGCACUCCGGAGGAAAGUUGAGAGCAUCAUCCACAGUGACCCAGAGUUUAGUGUGAAGGAUAAUUAUUUCAUGACCCAGAAUGAACGUUAUGUGGCCGCCGUCCAGAAGAAAUUUCACCUCCAGAUAAUAGCAAAGCGCCUCGGCUGGUCGGAAAACAGUCCUGAAUUAUAUUACGCUUACAGAGCCCUUUCUGGAGAACUGGCAUUAGGCCUACACACCGUGUUCCUGAAAUCCCUCCAGAGCCUAGGCUCUGAGGAGCAGAUUGCCAAAUGGACCCUGCUCUGCAAUGAGUUCCGGAUCAUUGCAUCAUAUGCCCAGACAGAACUGGGACACGGGACGAAUCUUCGGGGCCUGGAGACUGAAGCCACCUAUGAUGCAGCCACCCAGGAGUUUGUGGUGCACAGCCCCACGUUGACAGCCACCAAAUGGUGGCCUGGGGACUUGGGACGGUCAGCCACCCACACUUUGGUCCAGGCCCAGCUGAUCUGCUCAGGAGCCCGGCAGGGCAUGCACGCCUUCAUUGUGCCCAUCCGAAGCCUCCGGGACCACACCCCACUGCCAGGAGUCACUGUUGGAGACAUCGGGCCCAAGAUGGACUAUGACCACACAGACCAUGGCUUCCUGCGACUGGACCACGUGCGGAUCCCUAGAGAGAACAUGCUGAGUCGCUUUGCACAGGUCUUGCCAGACGGCACCUACGUCAAGCUGGGAACACAGCAGACCAACUACUUUUCCAUGGUGGUGGUGCGGGUGGAGCUGCUCCUGGGCGAGAUCAUCCCUCUGCUGCAGAAGGCCUGUGUCAUCGCCAUCCGCUACUCCACCAUCCGCCGCCAAUCCAGCAUCCAGCCCAGCGACCCAGAGGCAAAAAUCCUGGACUACCAGACGCAGCAGCAGAAACUCCUCCCUCAGCUGGCCACAGCCUAUGCAUUCCAUUUCCUGGCGAGCAACCUCUUGGAAUUCUUGCACAGCUCCUACGAUGCCAUUCGGAACAAAGACUUCAGCCACCUGCCAGAGCUUCACGCCCUGAGCGCAGGCAUCAAGGCCAUGACGUCAGACUUGUGCCUCCAGGGUUCCGAGCUGUGCCGCCGAGCCUGCGGCGGCCACGGCUACUCGAAGCUGAGCGGCCUGCCCUCUCUGGUCACCAGAGUGACAGCCUCCUGCACCUACGAGGGUGACAACACUGUACUCUACCUGCAGACGGCCAGGUUUCUAGUGAAAAACUUCCUGCAAGCUCAUGCGAUCCCAGGCUCCACACAGAAGUCUCUCCCUCCGUCUGUUGCAUACCUGACUGCACCCUACCUGGCCAGGUGCCCAGCCCAGAAAGCAGCUGACUUCCUCCACCCAAAGCUCUACACCACGGCCUGGGCACACGUGGCAGCCAGGCUCAUAAAGGAAUCAGCGCAUCACCUAGAGACUCUGAUGCAAUCUGGGGCUGACUGGGAUAAGGCAUGGAACCAGACCACGGUCAUACACCUCCAGACUGCUAAGGCACACUGCUACUAUAUCAGUGUGAAGAGCUUUACAGAAACUCUGGAGAAACUGGAAAACAAACCAGCGGUUCAGCAGGUGCUCAAACGCCUCUGUGACCUCUAUGCUCUGCACAGCAUCCUGACUAACGCUGCUGACUUUCUCCAUGAUGGCUUCCUGUCUGGGGCCCAAGUAGAUGCGAUGAGAACCGGCUACCUGGAGCUGCUCGGCCUCAUCCGGAAGGAUGCCAUCUUGUUAACUGAUGCCUUUGACUUCACGGAUCCCAGUUUAAAUUCAGCACUUGGCUGUUACGAUGGAAAUGUCUAUGAACGUCUGUUCCACUGGGCUCAGAAGUCACCGACCAAUACUCAGGGGAACCCUGCCUAUGAGAAAUACUUAAGACCGCUAUUACAAAGCUGGAAAUCCAAGCUGUGAAGUCAUCAACGGCAUUCAAGAGGCACCACUGUGUGAUAAUGCCUCCACACCCAGCAUGGAACCCAACUCAGGGCUCAAACCCACGACCCUGAAAUCAAGACGUGACCUGAAAUCAAAAGCCAGAUGCUCAACAACCGACUGAGCCACCAAGGGGCCCCUCAGUUGU